GUUAUCCUUCUCUUUCCAAUAUCUGUCGUAUGAAUAAUUGCCUAUUAUUUUUAUAUCACCCCAUCGAAAUCCUGUUCUUCUGGUUUUUCAUUUCUGAAACUUUAUUGGACGGCAAUCAUUCCAUUCAUCUCUCUCUGAACUUUUUGGGCAUUUUGGAUUUACAUGCCGUUUGACGUGAAUUGCUAUCCGGGUUUGCGAGAUAAAAUUCUUGGAGGUGGAGGAAAAUUUGAAUUGGGUUUUGGAGGAAAAAUUUUCAUAUGGGCUCUUGUUAAUUUUUCAUUCUGGGUAGCUAGGAAUUGGUUUUCUUCCAUUUGGGUUUUGGUGGUUCAAAUCAUUGGUAUCAUGUAUUUAGAGGGUGUUUGUUCAAGUUCGAGAAAAUUGUGGGAAAUAGGAGGAUAAUUUUUUAGUCUUAUGUUGGCACUCUGUUUUCCCGGCAAAUUUUUAUUAAAAUCAUCUUAAACCAGGUAUACAGGCAUAGCGUUGUAUUGGGUUAUGCAGAGUGGAAAAUCCUUUUUCUUCCUCAAGGUUCAAUUUUUAAUUUUCUUUUUCUUUUACCCCAUGCUCUCAUCAAACCACAGGCAGGGUUGAUGUUUUCGUCUUGCAGGAAAAGGAGUUCAAAAACCUAAUUUCAGGAUUAGGUUUUAUGAAGAUGGGGUUAGUUCAGUUUGCUUAAUCUGCCCUUCUCAUCAUUUUCCCCAUUAUCUUGGAGGUGAAGAAUGUCAUUUAUUUAUGGGGUAGUUUGGAGAACUUCACUUGUCUUCAUCUAUCAUCCAAUCCAUUGCUGGAUUGCCAAAAUAGGCUUGUGCUGUUGGAUUUCCUGAACUUCUUUGAGGAAUUACUUGAGGUGUUAGCUGAUCUAUUUUUUUGAAGGCAAGAACGAAAAUCUCAUUGCGAUGGAUGGGUUACCAGAACAUUUACUGUGGGAGAUCUUAGGCAGGAUAAACAAAACCGUAGACAGAAAUUCUGCAUCUUUAGCAUGUAAACGCUUCCACAAAGUGGAUAAUGAGCAGAGGCGAUCUCUUAGGGUUGGUUGUGGAUUAAACCCUGCCAAUGAGGCUUUGACAUCCCUCUGCAAUAGGUUUCCCAACUUGGUGAAAGUAGAAAUUACUUACUCCGGAUGGAUGUCCAAAUCAGGAAAGCAGUUGGACGACCAAGGGCUUCUUAUUCUUUCUGUUCUCUGCCCUUCUUUGACAGAUGUUACCUUAAGCUACUGCACUUUCAUUACUGAUGUGGGUCUUAGUUACUUGGCAUCGUGCUCCAAGCUUUCAGCGCUAAAGUUGAAUUUCACCCCGAGAAUCACUGGCUGUGGCAUAUUAUCUCUUGUUGUUGGGUGCAAAAAGCUUACUGUUCUCCACCUGAUCCGAUGCUUAAAUGUUAGCAGUGUUGAGUGGCUAGAAUAUCUUGGCAAGCUUGAAACACUUGAAGAUCUCUCCAUUAAAAAUUGUAGGGCAAUUGGGGAAGGUGAUUUGAUUAAGCUAGGACCCACGUGGCGGAAGAUAAAGAGAUUGCAAUUUGAGGUGGACGUUAAUUAUAGAUAUAUGAAGGUUUAUGAUCGGCUAGCUGUGGAUCGAUGGCAAAAGCAGUUGGUCCCGUGUGAAAAUAUGCUGGAGCUUAGCUUGGUGAAUUGCAUCAUCAGCCCUGGAAGAGGGCUUGCUUGUCUGUUGGAAAAGUGCAAGAAUUUGGAGAAGAUUCGCUUAGACAUGUGUGUUGGAGUAAGGGACUGUGACAUUGUAGGAUUAGCCCAAAAAUCAAGUAAUCUUCGAUCCAUUUCCCUCCGAGGCCCAUCUGAUUUCUCACUCCCUCUUUUGCUGAGUAACCCAUUGAGGUUAACAGAUGAGAGUUUAAAGGCUGUGGCUCAAAACUGUUCAAUGCUUGAAUCAAUUAGAAUAUCUUUCACUGAUGGAGAGUUCCCUUCAUUUUCCUCCUUUACUUUAAAUGGAAUCCUUACUGUGAUCCAAAUGUGCCCGAUUCGAAAACUCUCUCUGGACCAUGUCUAUUCCUUCAACGAUGCUGGAAUGGAAGCACUUUGUUCAGCCCCAUAUCUAGAAACCCUAGAGCUGGUGAGAUGCCAAGAGAUCACUGAUGAAGGGCUGCAGCUUGUGGCCCAGUUUCCUCACUUGUGUGUGCUACGGCUCAGCAAGUGUCUGGGAGUAACCGAUGAUGGGUUCAAGCCCCUUGUUGGGUCAUACAAGUUGGAAUUGUUGAGUGUGGAAAAUUGCCCCCAGAUUUCUGAAAGGGGUGUUCAAGGUGCUGCAAAAUCGGUAUCCUUUAAGCAAGACUUGUCAUGGAUGUACUGAACAAUCCUGAAAUAGGCCUCUUCUGUUUGUAGGCUUUGGUGUAUUGUCCGCAUGAAUGCCUCAUUGUGAGUCUCCAGAAAACCUUCUCCUUGCAUCUGUUGCCUUGUCUAUAUCAUUAGCUUCCAGUAGCUGAGAAGUAUUUCAUUCUGAUUGUAAUCCAUUGUAUUAUUUGGAACUUAAGAUGUAUAAUUUGUUGAAAUAAACGUUGCUUCAGAUUCAUGAUCCUUUGCUGAAACCAUUAUGAUUGAUCAUUGUGAAUGCAAUUUUUGUUCAGUCAAGGAAUUGAAUGGUAAGCAACAAGUGAUAAAUGAUAUGGGAUUCUCUUGGAUU